UCCUCGUCAAUCCUCUCUCUCUCUCUCUCUCUCUCUGUGUCUCGCAGCUUCUGCAAAUUUUGUAGCCGUUUCACCGUGAAGGACAGGAGCUUAAAGUUUUUGUUCUCUCUGCAUGCUUCUACUUUACCUUUCUUCGCCGCUUUUUCUGACUCCCUCUGUUUCUUCGGCUCAAUUUCAUGGUGUUUUUGGGCUGCUUUUCUCUGUGAUCUUCUGGUGAUUUCGGCGAUGAGUGGACUAAUUCACGGGCUUGUAUUUGAUUCCGGUUUUGGACUUGAGGAUUUCUGUUCUAGUUAUGCAAGAAAUGUUUGAUUGGAACGAAGAAGAGCUUGCCAACAUAAUAUGGGGCGAGGCAGGUGCGAGUGAUGAUCAUAUUGUGCCUUAUCCAGAGGUAACUGCAGAUCUUGGAAACAAGAAAGAAUGGAACCAGGAAGCCAGUAGCAAUAAGCUCUCAGAGCAUAAGAGGCCAGAGGUUAAAAUUGAUGUUCAGCGCAGAAAGCUAGGAAGCACAUCGAAACUUCAUAAUAGUGGAGGACUACCUGCGUCAGGAUAUGACACUAACUCAUGGGCUGACUUGUCUUUAUCCAGUGCAGCUAAGACUGAUCAGGGUUCCCUGGGUACCGAAGUAUCUAAAACUUUUAGUGAAAUUAGACAACUCAAUUCAUCAAGAGGUGAAGAGACCGCUCAACUUGGAAAGGAUGUUGGAGUUUUCCAAAUUGCAAAUGAAGGUAAAGAACAAGGUGACUUUGGUGACUAUGGGUGGGGAAACAUAGGAAGCUUUGAUGACCUCGAGCGAAUUUUCAGCAAUGACGAUUCUAUUUUUGGCAAUGUAAGUCUUGAUAAUACUGGUGAACUGUGGUCUUCAAAAGAUGUGAGUAACAGCACAGCACCUAUAUCCUUGGAUACUCCCGGUACAGCAGGUGCUUUAAGGAACAGAUCUGAGCCUUUGGAAAUUAAAGCAGAUUACGUUCAAUGUAAUGACAAAUUAUUUGCCCUCAGCUAUGACAAGAUUGGUGGUUCCGCAUGCCAUGAUACACAAAAUGUGCAUGCUAUCACAACUGAUGUGACUUACGGUGGAGAGAGAAGCAAGCCUGCUAGAAAGGAGCAUCAGGAUAUUGUUGGUAGAAUCCCUUCUUCAACAUCUGGUGUCAAAAAUGUAGCAAAUGCCAAUGAACUUGCUGAUAAGGAAUGUGGGCAAAAUAAUCUGCUGAAAGUUCAGAAAAAACCACAGGGAAAACAAGAGGCUAGAAGAUUGCAGAAUUCCUAUGGUAGUUGGUCUCCUUCAACAAACCUGUCAAAACAAUUUGAGAAUCAACCAACACCUUCUGCCAUACAAUCUUCUCACCCUUCGGUUCCUGGAAAACAGAAGCAGAUCCAAGGAGCUGAGGCCUUUUAUCAGAACAUCAUGAAUCCAUAUCUAGUAUCUGCUGUGUAUGGAAACCCAGCCAAUGCAUAUCCAGCUAUCCCAAUGCUAUCUCAGACUCAGGCAGAUCUUGGGCAUCAACCUCUACUUUCUGGAUAUGAAGUUUCUAGUAAUUUAGUGAAUCCUGUGAAGAAGACUGGGGACUCAGUCAAAAGUCUGACCAUGACUCCUCAGGAAAAAAUUGAAAAAUUGAGGAGGCGGCAACAAAUGCAGGCAAUGCUUGCAAUUCAGAAACAGCAGCAGCAAUUGGGCAAUCAAGUUCCUAGCACUAAUAAAUUUAUUGGUCAAACAUAUCUUCAAGAAAUGCAAAAUCGUUCCUCAGAUGGGACUGAUCCUGAAGUUGAAGAUCAAAGCACUUUUCCUGCCCUGGAUCCACCUAUUGAACAAGAUGACUCCCAUACAGUCUCUGGAGCUAUUGAUGAUUGUUUUGUUGAAGAAACAAUACUGUACAAGCUUCAGGACAUUAUAUCAAAGUUGGACAUCAAAAUAAGACUCUGCUUCAGAGAUAGCUUGUUCCGCUUGGCACAAAGUGCAAUGGAUAGGAAUCCUGCUAGUGAUAGUAGCGGUGCGAACAAAAAUAGCAGGGAAGAACAUGACGCACUUCAAAGAGAAGAAGUCAAUUGCCAAUACAGGUAUGCCAAGACGCCCCAUGCUGAAACAGAGACAAACCCCAUUGAUCGAACUGUGGCUCAUCUGCUCUUUCAUAGGCCUCUGGAGUUAAAUGGAAAUUAUGCUGAUAAACUUGACUCACCUAUCUCUGCUAGGACGCAAAAUAAAAGCCUUGCUGCCAACCAGCCAAAUUUGACUGUGAAGUGCUUGCCAGAUGAAAAUAUGAAAAGUAACAAACAAUUUUCUGACCAAGGGCUUAAGAAUUCUUGUUCAUUGAUUGAGGCACAUUCCCAACCAAUAGAUCAAUUUCGAACCAGUCCUUGCAUAGACACUUCAGAGAAUGCUUCUAACAAUGGGCCGGCAGAUGUUGGAGCUCAGGAGAUUGAAACGUCUCAAUGAAGAGAAAAGUUAUCUAGAAAUCUGAGGGCUGUCUGGAUUCUAGUCGAGCCCAAGUGCUUAGGCCUAUCUUCACAGAUUCCCGAGCAUCAGCUGCGUAAUUUGUGUACUCUUAGGGCUUAUAUAAUACUUCAACCAUAAAGCAUGACUAUUAGUGUGGACCUCCCAGUGCCUAAACACACUAAAGGUGUUGAGCGCUGAGAAGUUGUUUCUGUCAGAACUAGCUAGAUAUGUGUAUGGAGUACCAAAACCACCCAAAUCUCAUGUUAUGGCUGGCAUAUUAUGGGAGUUUUAAUUAUGAAUAUUUGGCAGACAGUUGCCUCUCAUCAUUGAAUCAAUAUCUAUUUGUCAAUAGUUGAGAUUGAGUCUCCUUGUUAGCCUGUAGAUUUUGGUUUCUAC